UUUGACGCCUGGAAGAAAACUUUCCUCGGUCAAACGACAGAUUACACAGUGGAAAGUGAAGCACUGAAAUGAGUUAGAUUUUGACAACGAAUGUUAUAAUUCCAGGGAUCAAAAUGCUGGGAAACUAUUACUUUGCAAUUGUCGGACACCGCGAUAAUCCAGUGUUUGAAAUGGAAUUCAAUACACCAACGAAAUCUAUGGAUUCGUCUCAGGGCCGCGAAAGCUAUAAGGUAACUUUUCGCCCUGUUCAAUGAUCACUCAAUUCAAACUGUAAAUGAUAAUCAAAAUUCACACUAUUUACGUUUAGCUUUGGCUGCUUGCAGAGAUUCCAACCCUCCCGAUUUGAUCGGGAGUCUCCCGAUUUGAUGUCUUGCCUCCCGCUCUCCCGAUUUUUACCAAAUUCUCCCGAUUUACCAUAAAAUUCUGAAAACUAGGGGAAAAUUGCUAAUCUUUAGAAUUUUUGGCGAUCUGUCACUGUGAAACACUCAUAUUAUACUUACUUUCUUCGCGAAGAGCAUUAUGGUAUGUUAUAACUCAGGCCGGAAUGAUGUCAAAAUUCAGGAAAUGGCACUUGAGAGAACCUAAAUUUGCAAAAUUUCCCGGGGGCAUGCCCCCUGACCCCCCUAGAAGCUCGCGCCUUUGGCACUAAUAAUUACUCCCUAUUUUCCAUCACAUGGGGUUGGAAUCUCUGUGCUUGCAUAUUGGUGGUACUUUAAUUUGAAUGUAUUCAGCACUAUUGUUGAACAAAAACUUGGGCGAUGCCUGUAUGGUGGCAGUGGAUAAAUGUAUGUGAUUACAUGUACACGUACAACAGUCUGCAUUUUCCUGAUUUGUAAAUCUUCAGAGAGAUGAUCACAGACACCUUAAUCAGUUUAUCGCACAUGCUGCACUGGAUCUUGUUGAUGAAUCUAUGUGGUCCACUACAGGAAUGUAAGUUUGAAAAUAAUUAGGGACUUGACUUCCGUAGCCCAAUUUAAAUUAGUAGCUCUCUGUAAUAAAAAUCCAAAGAUUCAGAAAACUACAAAAGUUUGCACAAGUCAAUGUUGAUUGUAAAAAUUUUUCACCUAUGAGUUAGUUUUUAUCAUUCUUGUCAAAGGUGAAGUGAUGAGGUCCUUGAUUGUCUUACCUAAACCUAAAUGUAAUUAUAAGGAAGCCACUUUAACCCUUUUACUCCCAUGAGUGACCAAGAAAGAAUUUCUCCUUACAAUAUCAAUACAAAAUCAACCAAAUAAGUGAUGAGAAUAAAGAAAAAUAUCAAUUUGGGGAUAGUUAGUUGAUCCAAUACUAAAUUCUGUGAACGAACAUUAUAAGAAUUGUAUGGUUGACAAUAAGGAGAAUUAAAAAUUUGAUCUGGGAGCAAAAGGGCUAACCUUUUCACUCCAAGGAGUGACUGAAGAGGAAUUUCCCCCUACAAUAUGCAUGCAUUUUAAAACAGAAAGAUAACAUUGAUAUGGCAAUUUUGAAUGCUUUAACACCAAAUCUUUGACAAAAAAUUAUGAAAAGGGUAUUCACACAAUCCAGAUAAUUAAUUUUCACAUCUUAGGAGUUAACCAUCUGACCGGUAAGAGUGACUUGCAUCUAAUUUCUCCUUACAAUAAAACCCCUGAAGCAAACAUCAUGCUCACAAUGAUGAAUGAAUGAAUGAAUGUGUAUUUAUAUACCGCACAUAUCACAUACUGUCUCAAGGCGGUUUACAAUUCUAAUUGAGUGAGAUCGAACGUCAGCUUGUAAAGGCGCCUCUGGCUGCCGCUAUCAGUCCAUAUUUGAUCUCACUCACCCACCCAGCCCAUGCAUGAAAUGUACAAUGAAACAACAGAUAGACCACCACACUGGGAACUACGCCCCCUACUCUUUUCGACAAGUGUGUGGGUUCUUUAACGUCCCCUGCUGACCAUGUAACACUGAAGAUGCAGGAGACGGGGCCUACGGUUUAUAGUCCUUAUCCGAGAAGACUUGAAUGUCUAACCAUUUGCUGGUACAAUUACAAAGGCAGCACAUUCUCCUCACUUAUUUUAAAACCCUGAGUGUUGGUCUGGUCUGGGGCUCGAACCCUCAACCUCCCGCACAGCAGACUGACGCUCUACCAACUGAGCUAACCAGGCGGUGGUAAUGAUAUAGGAAAUUAUCACCAAUUAAAGGAGCUCUUGAUUAUCAACCCUUUACAGUAUGCAUCUUCUCCAUACUGUUCUCUACAUGUUCCCUAAGUUGCUCACAAGGAGAAAUUGAGUAACAAUCAAGAGCUUUUUUAGUUGGUGAUCAUUUCCUUUAUUCUUGUAACCUUAAUGUGUGACUCAGGGGUGAUAUUGUAAGGAGAAAUAAGAUGUGAGUCACUCUUAGGGGCUAAAGAGUUAAACAGAGUCUCCUUGGCAGAACCAUAGAAAUUUAUAGAGAACAGUAUGGAGAAUAUGCAUACUGAUGUUGGGUGUAAAGGGUUUAAGGGUUCAUACUUGUGAGUGCCUAAUCAGCAAAUUUUCUACUCAGCUAAAUACUGUGACUGAAGUUUAUUUACAUUAUCCAUGUAAUAAUGAAGUUGAUAUGUGUAAUGCUUCAAUCAUGAUGCAAAUAUUCUUUUCUUUGAUUGCCUCCUUAAAACAGGUAUCUGAAAAAUGUCGACAAGUUCAAUGAAUGGUUUGUGUCAGCUUUUGUGACAGCUUCAGAUAUCCUUUUAGUUCAAAGCAUAUAGAACCAAAUUAAUCCUUUAACUCCCAAGAUCUCAUUAAAAAUUCUCCUUACUGUCUGCCAUAUAGUUCUUGUGAUGUUAGUUUGAAGAAUUUGGUAUUGGAUCAACUAAUAAUUCCCUAAUUUAUAUUUUUCUUUAUUCUCAUCACUUAUCUGCUUGAUAUUGUAUUGAUAUUGUAAGGAGAAAUUCUGUCUUGCUCACUCAUGGGAGUUAAAGGGUUAACAGAAUAGACUGAAUAUUGUGUCUAGAGAAGGUAUUAGUGGCAGGACACUUAUAAAAACACACUUAUAAAAAUAUAAAAUAUAAAAACAUCAUAUGACAUUAUGGUAAAUGGAUACAAGUGUGAUUAGCUAAUUUAAUAUUAUCAAUGGAGUUGAUAAUGUAAAUUGGCCACUAUGAAGAGUUUCAAAGCUGACGUUUUGAGCAUCAGCCCUUCGUCAGAGCAAAUCAAGUAUAUUUAUUAGGUAACCUAUACAUGCAUGUAUCCACCCAAGUUUAUUCAGUACUUGUUUAUGUGACAGUGUGACCUGAGGCCAAAUAUUGGAUUCUGGUUUUUCAUGGUUACACUUAAUUUAACAAAAACAAAGACCACUUUUGUUUACUCCAGUAAAAGUUUGGAAUUAAGAUGAUGAUGUUUUCCAGAUUUGAUAUUUGUUUACACAGAGAAGGUAAUAGAAACAGCAAAUACUUUAAUGUAAUAGAGAUGUGUGGCUAAGCUGUGUACAUGUACAUGAUCAGAAGGAAAAAAAUUCAUAGGAGUGAGGACAUGCAAUUGUUUGUCCAUGAGCAAAUGCACAAUAAAAAUGGUCAUUAGGAUUGUGCACUCAUUAGCUUGGAUUUUGGAUACAACAAUGUAAUGAUUUGGAACAAUGUGGAAUUCUUUGGUAAAAAACAUUCUGAAAAGAGUGUUUAACUUAAGCUUUCUUUUCCCUUGACUUAUAUAAUGUAAGAGAUUUAUGAUGCUUCAUGAUGUGAGAAAUGAUGAUGGAAUAAAGAAUUUCUUUUCUGAUGUCUAUGAAACAUACAUCAAGGUACUUUGAGAUUCUUAUUUGCUUAUAAAUACAUUAGGUACAAGCAAAUGUCAUAAUCAAGAAAACAUAUUUUCAGGUCAUUUUUUAAAAUAAAUUUUCUAUGUGCACUCUGUGGAUUAACUCUUUAACUGUUAUUGUUAUUUAUCAUAUGACUAUACAGCCCCAGGUCUGCAACUCCAUAACAAACCAUAGUAGAAGCUGGGGUGUGUAGAGCCAGACAGGUGGUCUGAAAAAAGCCAUCUUGCUCUGCAGUCGUAUAGCUCUUUUGCAUUUUCCUAGAGUAUUGAUUGGAAUCAAGGACUUCAAUUGGAAAUGUAACCAAUGAGAAAGAGUCAUACUUCUCAAUGAACAAUGAAUUUCUUGUUCUAAUUCAAAGAAAUAAAUGAAGUUGCUUUCUGUAGAAUAUUUUUAGUAGUUGUCCAAUGCAAACCCUUCUUUUACAUGCAAGUCUAUCUGAUAUAGUUUGACAUAAAAAAAGUUUUGAAAUUUUAAUAACUUAGUGGUUAUAAUUAUGUUAAAAUGCCUAUUGACUGAGUUUGGUGGGGCUUAUUGGGAAAAUAUUUGACUUUUGGUCAUGACACACAGACCUCGCUGUGCUCAUGACCUCAAGCCAAAUGUAUUUUCCCAACCAGCUCUCUCACUCAGUCAACUGGUACAAAGUAUGAAUUUUGGGAAUUGAACCAUCAUGAUAUUACAAAUUCAGACUCAAGGUAGCUCAAAAUGGUUUCCUUGUUUUUAAAAACUGAUUCUUUGAUGAAUUGGAGCUUCCAUUUAACAAUGUGUUUCUUUAGUAAUGAUGCCAAAAACAAUGCCCAACUAUUUCUUAAUGCAGUUGAGAUAAUUUUUCUAACAAUUAUGGUCACCAUAGCAACGACACAGAUUCCUAAAACACUGUAUCAGUGACAUUUUGCUUAAGUUACCCUUGGUUCAAAAAAUUAGUUGGAUGGCACUUGAAAGAGGCUGUAAUGUUGCUAUUAAAUUUGAAAUGAUCAAAACACAUUGACACUAUUUUCACGGAACAUGAAAAGGUGUGGGAAGUUCAGUCUAACAAAGAACUAGAGUAAGAAAACAAUGAAACAAUUUUUUAGCCACCUUGAUAUAUUUAUGGUAAAAUGUUCUUUCAAACUAAUGAAAAACCAAAGGACACCUCAUUCUCUUUGUAUGUUAUUUACCCUGCUAUGUAAAACAGUUUUGAUGUUUAGCAUUUGUUUGGUGGUGUUACACUCUGUAAUGUGUGUAUGAAUCUUUGCUUUAUAUCAUUGCCUGGUUUUGAACACACUUCUUCCCUUUUAUUAUUGCAGGUUAUUAUGAAUCCAUUUUAUGACAUGAACAAAAAGAUUGAAUCACCCAACUUUGAAAGGAAAGUAACUGUUGCUGCUAAGAAACAUCUCCUAGGAUAGCAUAUGACCUCAGGAAAAAUGAAGAGCAAUAAGCAAAUAAAUGAAUUUAUUUACAGUUGUAUAAAUAGGAAUGGAUUGUAGUGCCUGGCUAGUUUAUGCAUUUUUUUUGUUAUCCACACAUGGGUUUAUCAUCUCGUCACAACUUCAACAAAAUCUAGUCUCAUGUCAGUUUUAAUUACCAUCAAAGGCACCAUGACUAUGAGCAAGAAACAUUUCAAAAUGUUGGAAUAUAAAUUAGUCUUUCUUUCCAAGAAUUAGUGAAGUUGUGUCCCUAAAGUACAUGUUGUAUUGGUGUAAGGAGUUGAUCCAGUCUAUUAUAUCACAAAUGCGCAGUCCCACAUCUUAGAGAAGUUGUUUGGUGAUGCCAAGCUUGUUCCCAGGGUCUAUCUUUUCAUCUCUUAAUCACUUUAGGAAUUUUAUGGCUUUUACUUCUUUAUAUCACUCUCCAUUAUUAGUUUGCUUGAAAAGCAGUCCUUCCACCCUAUUCAAAUUUUUGUUUUCCCACCCUUUGUGAAACCUUGAAUUGUUUGAUUUUCUUAAACAUAAUCAGGAGAGAUGAGUAAUAAAAACAACUAAUUAAAAUAAAAACGCUGUGGCAGUUCAUGUUGGG